GCGCGCUCCGCCCCGCGGCGCCCCGCCCUGUCGCUAUAAAGCGAAGGCGGGCUGCGCGCUCGCCUCCCAGCUCUGUCCGGCGCCUUGCAUUCGUUUACAUCGUUUGCAGCCGUCUCUUGUCAGAUCCCCCAACAGCCAAAAUGGUGAAACAGAUCGAAAGCAAGGAAGCUUUUCAGGAAGCCUUGAACUCUGCAGGAGACAAGCUUGUAGUAGUUGACUUCUCUGCCACGUGGUGCGGCCCUUGCAAAAUGAUCAAGCCUUUCUUUCAUUCCCUCUCUGAAAAAUAUUCCAAUGUGUUGUUCCUUGAAGUAGACGUGGACGACUGUCAGGACGUUGCUGCAGAUUGUGAAGUCAAAUGCAUGCCUACCUUCCAGUUUUUUAAGAAGGGUCAAAAGGUGGGUGAGUUUUCUGGAGCUAAUAAGGAAAAGCUCGAAGCCACCAUCAAUGAAUUUGUCUAAUCGUGUUUUCUGAAAAAUGUAACCAGCCGUCAGCUGUUUAAAACUUGUAAUUUUUUUAAUUUACAAAAAGUAUGAAGUAUGGAAGCUAUAUACCCAAUUGCCAUCUGAUUAUAAAUGACAAUAAAAUAUUAAUUCUACCCUUUUUAAAACUG